GUUGGCUGGCUCUAGCCAAUAAAACCUCUGAGCCUGCCCUUGGCUCCCAGUGUUACAAAAGCUCACUUUGACUUCUGGCUUUCCAGAUCUCCGGCUUGGUGAGCUCCUUGCAACAGACCUCAUCUCUGAAGCGCCCCUCGGCCUCCACAGCCCCUGCAUCGAAAAUGCAAGCGCCCUCGCAGCCCGUGGUGAUCGUGACCCAGCCCAACUACGGGGCGGCCCCUCAGACGUCCAACUGGCAGACCGGCCUGUGCGACUGCUUCAGCGACUGCGGAGUCUGUCUCUGUGGCAUGUUCUGUUACACGUGCCUUGCGUGCCAGGUGGCAGCUGACAUGAACGAAUGCUGCCUGUGCGGGACCAGUGUCGCCAUGAGGACCCUCUACCGGACCCGCUACGGCAUCCCCGGAUCCAUUUGUGAUGACUUUCUGGUGACCAAUUUCUGUUCUGUAUGUUCUCUUUGCCAAAUUAAGAGAGACAUCAACAGAAGGAGAGCCAUGCACUCCUUUUAAAAAACUUACGGUGAAGAGUUCUUAACGAAGUGACCAAAAUCAGAAGACGCCUCCUCAGCUUGAGUUUUGCUCUACCUUUCACAGUUGAAGUCUGUUCAAUAUGUUUAACCAUAAUAACGAAGCUAUUUUGGAUUUUUACAUUUUGGGGGGGCACAGUCAGCGGUGCUCAGGGGUUACUUCUGGCUCUGCACUCAGGGAUCACUGUUGGAGGUGCUCGGAGGGGCCAUAUAGGAUCUGAAGGGUCCAACCCGAGUCAGCCCACACAAGACAAGUGCCCUCCCCGCUAUACUGUCACUCUGGCCCUGGAGUUUUUGAAUUUUUUAAAUAUCCCUUAGUUUUACUAAACGGUCCGGCUUAGUUCCUCCUUGCUUUCCUAUUAUUACAUGUCUGAUUUAUAAAUUUUGUAUUUCAUCUCAAUUUAAACCUAAUAAAAGACGCUACUAAUUUCAA